AAAGUUGUGUGUUUUGUGUACACACGUGUGAUUGAAAUGUACGAUAUAGUAAACGGCAGGUUUGCAUGCAGCGAUAAGGGGCAUUAAAUACAGACGGGGUAGUGCGCCUGCCGGAAUGGCGGUUUUGCUGCAAAAUACGAUGAAAAUAAUACAACAAAAACGGUGUGAUUGCAUUGCGCAUGGCCUGCCGUCGUCAGUGCUGCUGCUGCCGCUACUAGCUGAAAAACGGUGGUGACUGCCAACGCCGGGGUCGAGCACAAUGAAUGAAGGGACCCUUAUAGAUUUUGCCCUGGAUGAGUGAGUGCGUGUGUUGCUGGCCAGUGUGCGAAAAACUUUCUCUCUUUCGUUCGCGACGAGAGUCUCACCGUUGAGAUACAAUCCAAGCGGCAACACAGUCACAGUAAGCCUUUGCAAAUGAUACAGUACGGAGGAGGAUAACAUUAUGGAUUCACUUCGGGUGGUCGUGGUUCCAAGACGAGGAAAAUUAAAACCCUUCAAAAGUGGUUGCCGGGACUUAAUAUAAGAAAUUAUGACCGGUCGCCAGAUUCGCCGGAUGCUGUACGGAUUACUUUGUUUGGCGUUAUUUGCCAUUGUUCUUCAUAGUGGUCGUACGGCCUAUUUAUUAGCUACCGAAGGACAUGACGCCAUGAGAUUAAGGACAGGAUUUCAAGCGGACUACAGUAACCAGUAUUUGGACAGUCUAUUGGAUUCUACAUCAUUAAACGAAUUAAAACAAAUUUCAAAACUUGAGUUGCCAUGGUAUUUUAAAGAUGGAACUUUAAAGCCUCGUAGAGCUCUUAUUAAUUCAAAAACGGGUCAUAGAACUUCUCAAAUAUGGCCCAAAGAACUAAAAAAUGGCGACCGCGUGGAAGAGCAACUUAUGUUUGUUCCACCUCACUAUCAGUAUGACGAUGAGCCAAUGAAAAAAAUUUUAUUAUUUAAUGGUUUAAGUAAUUGGAUAGUAGAGGAAGGUCAGGGCGUGUUUAUAACAAAGAGCUGUCCAGUAAAUAGGUGCGAGAUUACCGUCAAAAAGUCAGAAGCGCAACAUGCUGACGCAAUUUUAUUCAGAGACCAUUUUUCCCAUCCUGGUCAUAGAAAAUCCGGAAGACAGGUAUGGAUUUUAUAUUUCUUAGAAUCACCUUACCAUACAGAGCUUAUAACUUACAACGAUGUGUUCAAUUGGACGGCUACAUACAGACAUGAUAGCGACAUAGUGACACCUUAUGAACGGUGGGCGUAUUAUGACCCAUUAAUAACCCAGAAAGAUCAACUGGAUCGAAACUACGCGUUUAAUAAAACUAAGCAAGUGGCUUGGUUUGUAUCAAAUUGUGGUGCAAAAAACGGUCGAUUACAUUACGCUAGGGAGUUGUCUAAGUACAUAUCUGUGGAUGUAUAUGGUGUUUGUGGCAAAUUAAAGUGCCCUAGGUCGGGCAAAUGUUUUCAAAUGUUGGAUGAACAUUACAAAUUCUAUUUAGCAUUUGAAAAUUCUAAUUGUGCUGAUUAUAUCACAGAAAAAUUUUUCGUCAAUGGACUACAACACAACGUGUUGCCAAUAGUGAUGGGAGCUCGAAGAGAGGAUUAUGAUAGGAUAGCACCUAAGCAUUCCUAUGUGCACGUCGACGACUACGAAUCGCCCAAAGCAUUGGCCGAGUAUUUACAUCGAUUGGAUAGUGAUGACAGCUUGUACAAUGAGUACUUCCGAUGGAAGGGUACAGGUGAAUUUAUAGACACCAAGUUCUUUUGUAGAUUGUGUGCAGUGUUGCAUGACAAUUAUCCGGCUAAACACUAUCGGAAUAUCAACGAAUGGUGGCGAGGGCCAGGCGUUUGUAAUAACGCUAUGCCUUGGCGUCGAUUUCUCGAACCGGACGAAGAUAUAGAUUAACAUACAGCCGGCGGCGUUAGGGUGGAUAGACCUAAAGCGUUUUCUAAGGGACCCAAUCGUCGCCGGCCAACGGUGCAAUUGCACAACACAGCAGCCAAAUCGAGUCGACGCCGCAGAGUAUGGAAUGGUUCGGUUCAUAAUAGCUGGAACGCUAGAAAAAAAAACAGGAGAGGCCCUGGGAGAUUUUAAAAUAAUGUGACCUCUAAAUUUGGUGCAUUUUUUUUUCAUUUGUGUGAUCUCAUAUCAAAAUAAUAUUUUCAGUAACUAUAUUUUUUUAAAAUACUCUAAAUCAGUAGCUUAUAAAUCAUUACCAUUAAAAAAAAAAAAUGGCGAGAAUACUAUUUUUUUCCAAUAGUUCAAAGAAAGCAUUAUAAUAAUUACUAGAAAUUUGGUAUACGCGAGAACAUAUACCGUUAAUGAUAAAAAGAUAUAUUACAAUAAUAAAAAUAUUGAUUUUGUUUAAUUAAACUAAUAAACAUUAACAUUAUACUUUCUAUAACUGAGUAAUAUUUCUUAUUACUAUAUAUUAUUAUAUAUCUUUACAAACAUUUUGUUUGUAAAGAUAUUAUCAUAUUCAUUUAGUAACACAUACUAAAUGAAAAACGAUCUAGGAUAAUUAUAAACUUGACCAAAAUAAGGAUUACAAUUAUUUUUAGUUAAAUAUUUUAGAUUUAAUUCACCAAUUUGUACUAUAGUAAAAUCCUAAUUAC